AACCGAAGCCCAAGGAAAGGGCCCAGUUCAGAUAACGAGGUCAGGGAUCAUUGCUGAGGCUGGGGCCCAAUAACCAAGUCUACGGUGACUUCUUUAUUUCGAGGAAGCCAGUCUUCCACUAACAAGUAGGUGUGAUAUUUUUAAAUCAACGCCAGCCAAAGUUGACAACGAGAAGGAAAGCCUGUCUGAACAUGCCAAGAAAGUCAAGAAAGAAAAUAACAUCCUUACAGCAGCUUCACCAUUUCUGUUCUGGUUUCCGAGUUCCCAUCCUGCGCCUCUCCCUUGAGAUCCAAGAUAGUGGUCACCAUGGCAGGCCAAUUAGUGCUAUCUGCCUUCGUGCAGGUUCUCUUUGAGAAAGUCACUACUGCUGCCCUAAAUGAGUUCAAAUUGCUACGGGGUGUCCACAAAGAUUUGCAGAACCUGUCAGCCACAUUAUCAACAAUACAAGCAUUGCUUGAAGAUGCAGAGGAGAAGCAGUUUCGGAACAAAUCAGUCAGAAUCUGGCUGGCAGGGCUUAAAGAAGUUGCUUAUGACAUGGAUGAAUUGCUGGACUUCUAUGCAGCAGAAGCCCUGCAGUUAAAGGUAAAGGGCGAAGCUCAGAGCCACUGGAAGAAGCAGGUAAGUCCCUACUUGAAUUGUCUUUAUUGGCACAAAGUUUCAUCAAAACACAAGCUAGCACAUACAAUAGAGUCAUUUCAAAAAAGGUUAGAUACCCUUGCAAGGGAACGAGAUGUUCUUGGACUCCAAAUGUUAGGUGGGACAAGCCAGCUAGAAAUCUCUGAGCGACCACAGACUAGUUCCCUUGUAGAUGACUCAAAUGUGUUUGGAAGAGAAAAAGAUAAGGAGGCAAUUGUAAGAACUUUGCUCACAACUAGUUUUACCAGUCGUCCAAGUCUUUCUGUUCUCCCAAUAGUUGGCAUGGGGGGCCUAGGGAAGACUACUCUCACGCAGCUUGUAUAUAAUGAUCCUAGAAUAAAACAAUGCUUCCCCUUGAGAAUGUGGGUGUGUGUAUCUGAGAAUUUUGAUGAGAUAAAGCUGACAAAAGAAACACUUGAAUCAGCUGUCAGUGGGCAUUUUUCUGCCAGUGGGUAUAAUUCUGCUUAUGGGUAUUCUUCUGCCACCACAAACAUGAACCUACUUCAGGAAGAUCUCUAUGGUAAACUAAAAGGGAAACGGUUCUUGCUCGUUUUAGAUGAUAUCUGGAAUGAGGACCCGGACAAGUGGCACAGAUAUCGUAAUGCCUUGAUUGCUGGAGAAAGAGGAAGCAAGAUUAUAGUAACAACACAGAAUAGAAAUGUUGGAAGGAUGAUGGGUGGAUUAAAUCCUUAUCAUUUGGAGCACUUGUCAGAUGCUGACUGCUGGGAGUUGUUCAAAAAUUAUGCAUUUGUUGAUGGUGAUUCCAGUUUACAUCCAAACCUGGAAGAGAUAGGUAGGGAAAUUGUUAAAAAGCUGAAGGGAUUACCUCUUGCAGCUAAGACACUUGGGAGCCUCUUGUACUCUAAACUGGAUGAGAAAGUCUGGAUAAAUAUUCUGAAAAGUGAAAUCUGGGAACUACCAGAUAAGAACAACAUCUUACCAGCCCUAAAAUUGAGCUACAAACACUUACCCCCACACUUGAAGCAGUGCUUUGCAUUCUGUUCUGUAUUUCAUAAAGAUUAUAUCUUUGAGAAAGAUAAGUUGGUUCAGAUUUGGAUGGCACUGGGAUUUAUUCCAUCUCAAGGAAGGAAACGUUUGGAGGACAUAGGGAGCAGCUACUUCGAUGAAUUAGUAAGCAGAUCUUUCUUUCAGCCUCAUAAAGACAACUAUGUGAUGCAUGAUGCAAUUCAUGAUCUGGCACAAUUUAUCUCCAUUGGAGAAUGCCACAGAUUAGAGGAUAACGCAAGGGACAAAAUUUCUGAACAGACACGACAUUUAUCAUUUUCAUGUACCAAGUCAAUGUCAACCUUGUUUGAGCCAUUCUAUAAAUUUGAGAAAUUACGUACACUGUUAUUGUUGCGGGGAUAUCAAUCCAAGAUUGGUCCCAUUCCAAAAGACUUCUUCCUAAAACUUCGAUUCCUGCGUGUAUUGGAACUACGUCGCAGAGAUAUAGAGGAGUUGCCAAAUUCUAUUGGAAAUCUGAUACAGCUUCGGUAUUUAGGCCUCUCUGGUACUGGAAUCAAAACACUGCCCUUGUCAAUCAGUAGGCUGUACAAUUUGCAGACACUAAAACUAAAAUACUGCAAUGCUCUAACUGAAUUGCCAAAAGGGCUGACAAACCUAAUAAAUCUGCGGCAUCUUGAAGCAAGUAUAAGGCUGACUUCUGAGAUAGCCAGAAUAGGAAAGCUAAUCUGCCUUCAGGAAUUAGAGGAAUUCGUGGUUCGCAAGGAUAAAGGACACAGGAUCAAAGAGCUGAAGGACAUGAGCGAGCUACGAGGACAUCUUUGCAUUCGGAAUCUAGAGAAUGUGGUCAGUGGAGGAGAGGCAAGAGAGGCAAAGUUGAAUGCGAAGGAAUACCUUACAGUGCUAGACCUUGUAUGGUCGGAUGACAGGCAUGUCAGUUCGCUAGAUGAGCAUUUUGACAACAAGGUGCUUGAAGGCCUCCAGCCACAUCUGGAAGUGAAGGAGCUCACAGUCAUGGGCUAUGCAGGUGUCACAUUUCCAAGUUGGCUCGGUAGUCCAUCAUUUUCUUGUCUACAGACCAUCCACCUAUCCAAGUGCAGAAGAUGUACAGUCCUUCCACCUCUGGGGCAGCUGCCCUCUCUGAGGUAUCUAGACGUAGCAGGAGUAUAUGGGGUGGUUCGAAUUGGGCAAGAGUUUUCAGGGUUUCCAUCAUUGAGUGAACUGCUGCUUGAAGACAUGCUUAAGCUGAAGGAAUGGAGUUACCCAGAAGAUGAUGAGUCAUUCCCUUGCCUCACUUCUCUUGAAGUAGUUGACUGUCCCGAGCUGAGGAAAUUGCCAUGUCUCCCACCAACCCUGACAAGGCUCAGAAUUUCUGAAACAGGGCUAAGAAAUCUUCCAGAAGUGCAAUCAUCAAACUCUCGGUCCUUACCAUCACUCUCAACUUUGCAUAUUCACGAGUGUCCAAACCUGGGAUCCCUGCAGCAAGGUCUGUUUGCUCAGCAACUGAGGGAUCUUCAGGAAUUGAAAAUCACCAACUGUGAGAAGCUUGAAUUACUUCCAGUGCAAGGCUUCAGACCCCUGAUCGCACUUAAAAGCCUCCACAUUUACAACUGCCCCCGUCUUGCACCACAGGGAAAGGAAGGGUGGGAACUGCUGCCCAGGCUGCUGGAAGACCUCCAAAUCAUCUCGUGCUCCAAACUGAUUACCCCACUACUCGCUGAGCUCAAGAACCUCCCCUCCCUUACACAUUUAAAAAUUGCCGAGUGCACUGACCUCUACAAUUUCCCAGAGGAUGGGCUGCCCGUUUCUCUCAAAUUCUUGAGAAUCUUGGAUUGUGAAAAUCUGCAAUACUUGCCUUCUCAGCUGCAGGAACUCAUCUCCCUCACGGUAUUAGUUGUCAGCAAUUGCCCUCAGAUCCCAUGCUUACCAGUGCAUGACCUGCCGUCUGCAUUGCAAGAAUUGUACAUCGAAGGAUGCCCACUGUUGAAAGAGCGUUGUCAAGAAAAUGGGGGACAUGACUGGCCCAAGAUAGCGCACAUCCCUAAAAUCCAAGUUGAUGAUGAAUAUGUUUUGUCGGACGGGAAAGGAAGGAGAAAAAGAUGUUCCUACUAUGCUAGCAUUCAUUGCUAAUGCUGAUAGGAACUGUACGAGUGCUUACCUCCCAGAGCUUUUCUCUGAAAUUCUACAUAUUUUCAUGACACGAAUUUGUACGGUGGUUCCGACAGGUCUUGAAGUCGGUGGUUCAUUGUCAUAAUUUGUUUUAUGUAAAUUAUGUAAUGGCCAAGAGCAGUCUGCUGACACAAAAUCUCCCAUAUGUGCAGGGUUCAUAAAAUAUAUCUUCCGCAGCUUCCUAGACCAAAAAAAUUUGCAAAAUACACCAUUCUU